AUGGAAGGACUCACAUUGCGCUCUCUCUUGUUUAUUGCCAACCUAACUUAUGGAAUAGCUCUGGAUACAAUUCUGGGAGACCAAGUUAAGUUUCCAGCAACUGAGCAUUGCAAGGAAAAAGGAGCCACACUGGUGCUGGACCAUGGCAGCAAUCAGCAGAAGGUGGCUUAUUGGGAGGAUGGUUGGAAGCCGGAGAGAGGGUACAAAGACAGGAUGAGUCCAAACGAGUCCGUCAUCUUGAACAAGACAAACUGCAAUGACGACGGACUGUACGAGUUAACGUGCGGGGACGUGACCAAGCUCAUCCAUCUUAAUGUUGUCGAAUCCUCCGAAGCAUCAGUGACUGAGGGAGACGCAGCCACAUUCCCGUCCCACUACAAGACUGCAGGGAAACCCGGGAAGUACCGGCUGGAGAGAGGCGGCGCGCUGGUGUUAGAGCUGGACUUGUCCUCGGGAGAGACCACAUGUGGGACAGGAUUUGAGAAUAGAACAUCUGUGUCACCGAACUGGAAGCUGCAGGGAGACUUGACGGUGACACUGACGGGGGUUACGCUCGAGGACCAAAGCGAUUACUUUUUCUACGUCCAAAAUGAAGAAAGACUGAGGGAGAAUCUUAAAGCUGUGAGGGUGAGAGUCCACAGCCUGAAUAACCACACACAGACCUCUUGGAUGGUUGUCGCCAUAAUAGAAGGUGUGAUCAUCUUGAUUCCACUCUUCUUCACUUGCUGCCCGAUAGUCUGUAAAUCAAACGUGUCACGUGGACCCGCAGGUGGAAGAUCUCCGACAGAUGGGACUCAUGUGGAGAUGCAACCGUUCACCAGACCCCCUUGUUCUGAGUGCAGAGACGUUGUUCAAACUUUCCCGGGAACCCGGCCGGUGGCUGCUCAUGAGCACGGUGUUUGGAAACCGACCGAGGACUACACAGACAGGGUCAACCAGAGCGCUUCAUUUGCCUUCACGCGCACAGUUUACACGGACACCGGACUGUUUCUGUUGAAAUGUGGCAGCCGUGAGCGUCGCAUCCAGCUGGAUGUUCUUAUAGGUGUUGAAGCAUCAGUCCCAGAGGGGGAACCGGCCACACUGAAGUGCUACUACCCUGAUAAACACGAUGACUCUGUACUGCGGUGGACCAAAAACAAAGAGAUGGUGCUGGAGCUGAACCUGUCCUCCGGAGAGGUCAAACAUGGGCCAGGAUUUAAGAGUAGAAUGUCUCUUUCCCAGGCUGGCAGCAAACACGUUGACCGGUCGCUGGUUUUCGAUCAGGUUCUGCAAGAGGACCGGGGGGAUUACUUUUGCUCCGUGCACAGAAACGGCCUGCGAGAGAAGUGGGGAGACCCUGGUGCUGUGAGGCUGAAGUGGACAGAGAGAGACCCGGAUCAGACGACCCCCCGCCCGCCGCCAACGGUAGGUGAAAACAGCUGUGAAGGGGUUAAUGACGACGGAGAGGGAACGGGCCAAGUGCUACCUUGCGUUAUACCUGGUGAGGAAGGAAACCCCGGUGAGCACGGAGUACCUGGACGACCAGGUUCUAAAGGUCGGCCAGGUUUCCCAGGAGACCCUGGACGUCCAGGGUUUGACGGAUCCAAAGGAGAGAGCGGAGACCCCGGUUAUGGAGGACAACCUGGACCACAAGGUUUCCCUGGACCCAGAGGGGAUUCUGGACUUCCAGGUUCUCCAGGACAGAGUUUUGACGGAGGCCAGGGGAAGGAUGGUGUUCCAGGGCGUUCUGGAGCCAAGGGCCAGCCUGGAGAGGUACUGGGAGCCACACCUGGUGGCCCAGGACAGGACGGUUUACCAGGCAUCCCUGGAGACAAGGGCCAGCCCGGGACGCCCGGAGGACCUGGAUCACCUGGUGGUGACGGACGUUACGGCGUUCCUGGACUGAAGGGAGAGCGCGGAGUCGACGGUCUUCCUGGUUUCCCCGGCCUCCCCGGACUACCAAGCGAACCUACUUAUGGCAUUCCCGGUCGGCCUGGGGGUCCUGGCGCCAGUGGACUGAGCGGAUCACCAGGCUGUCAAGGUUUCCCUGGUCGGAAGGGAGAAAGAGGAGACCCGGGGUUCCCAGGGCCUGCUGGGAUGAAGGGAACCCCGGGACUGCCCGGCGGCUCUGGAUCACCCGGACCCAGGGGACCCCCCGGACCUCCAGGACCUGGAACUAGAGAUGGAAUCCCGGGGAUCCCAGGAAGGAAGGGUGAGCCAGGUUUCCUAGGACUGGUGGGUUUCCCUGGACUACCAGGUCGUCCUGGAUCCCCAGGGUUUCCUGGAGGGAAAGGACAGCCUGGAGGGCCUGGAAGAGAAGGACUCCCCGGCGGUCCCGGAUACUUCGGACUGAAAGGUGAGAGAGGAUACCCCGGGCUCCCCGGCUUGCCCGCUCCUCCUUAUCGAUCAGAGUUUGUGGAGAGAGGAGAACCCGGAUAUAACGGAGGCAGCGGCCUUCCUGGCUUCCCCGGACCUAGAGGGGACAAGGGUCUGUCAGGUCUGCCUGGUCGUCAAGGUCUGCCUGGACUUCCUGGUUACGCUGAGCAGAGUAAAGGACAGCCGGGACAACCUGGGUAUCCCGGGCAACCAGGAGGUCCUGGCUACCCCGCACCGAAGGGAGAACCUGGAAUCAUGGGAUUCCCCGGCAUGUCUGGACCAAGGGGUGAUGAUGGUGGACCUGGUUUCCCCGGCAACCCUGGAGAGUUUGGUCGACCCGGUGGCAAAGGUGGACCCGGAGAAAGCUUUGGUUAUCCUGGAGGUGCAGGAUCUAAAGGUCAGCCCGGAGAGCCAGGCUUCCCAGGUGGCCGUACCAUUGACGGUGCCCCCGGUGAUAACGGCUUCCCAGGAAGUCCAGGUUUCCCUGGAACAAAGGGAGGUCCUGGUGAAGGAGGACGGCCUGGAAUAAUGGGCUCCCCUGGAUUCCCCGGGCCGAAGGGCCAGUCCGGCUACCCAGGAAGAAGAGGAGGAGAUGGGUCUCCUGGUCUGCCUGCAGGUCCUGGAGGUCCUGGCGCCAAUGGUUUGCCCGGAUCCCCUGGUUUGGAUGGACUUAAUGGACUUGGUGGACCGAAAGGUCUCCCUGGAACUCCAGGUGGGAAUGCAGGAGGUCGCCCAGGUGCCGCUGGUAUUCCAGGGUUCAAGGGAGAGCGAGGCGUCUCCUACCCAGGAGGUCCAGGCUACAACGGGCCGAAGGGAGAGAGAGGAGAUUCAGGUGGUCCUGGGCACCCAGGGUUCCCUGGUCUGCCCGGACCCCCUGGUCCGACUGUGGGGUCUGAUUAUCCCGGACCUUUGGGAGACCCCGGCCUCCCUGGACUGGAUGGAGAGUAUGGUGUUCAAGGUCCUCCAGGUCCUCCCGGGCCGCCUGGUCCAGGCACAGCCCAGGGAGACAGAGGCGACCCUGGGCUCCCGGGCUUCCCUGGCUCCCCCGGCAGGAAAGGAGAAUCAAACAUCCCCGGAGGCCCCGGACUCCCCGGCAGCCCCGGCUUCAAAGGAGGACGAGGUGAGACGGGUUACAGCGGAGGUCCUGGUCUCAAGGGUUACCCCGGUGACUCCGGUUACUAUGGAAACAAAGGAUCCAAAGGAUUACGAGGGCGUCAGGGUCGUAAGGGGAUCCCUGGAAUCGCACCUCGUAUGAUACCGCAAAACUUUGAGCGACCCUACGGAGAAAUGGGUUAUCCCGGUACAGGCGGAGGCUCCGGUGGGCACGGAGAAGGCGGUCAGCCUGGAACGCCCGGACGUUCAGGUUCUAAGGGUCGUCCCGGUCCUGUGGGUAAACUUGGCAGGACUGGAUCUACUGGUUUUCCCGGACCUAUCGGUGACGCCGGACCCCCUGGUUUCCCUGGCCCCACUGGAGAACAAGGUACUCCUGGUACAACCGGCCGCCCUGGCUCUCCGGGCGGCGUCGGCCGCAGUUACAGCAUCGGCUACACUCUGGUGAAGCACAGCCAGAACGCCCAGGUUCCCAUGUGUCCUCAGGGCAUGGCCAAGCUGUGGGACGGAUACAGUAUGCUGUUUGUGGAGGGACAGGAGAAGGCACACAACCAGGACCUCGGUCAGCCCGGGUCGUGCCUCCCCAGGUUCAGCACCAUCCCCUUCCUCUACUGCUCCCCCAACGAGGUCUGCUACUACGCCAGCCGCAACGACAAAUCCUACUGGCUCUCCACCACUGCGCCCAUACCCAUGAUGCCCGUGGCCGAGGAGCAGAUACAACCUUACAUCAGCAGGUGUUCUGUGUGUGAGGCUCCGUCUGUGGCUGUCGCGGUCCACAGUCAGGACAUGACCAUCCCCACCUGUCCCCCCGGCUGGAGGAGUCUCUGGAUAGGAUACUCCUUCCUCAUGCACACAGCAGCCGGCUCUGCGGGCGGCGGUCAGUCCCUGGUGUCUCCCGGCUCCUGCCUGGAGGAUUUCCGCGCAACGCCGUUCAUCGAGUGCAACGGGGCCAAGGGCUCCUGCCACUACUUCGCCAACAAGUACAGCUUCUGGCUCACCACCGUACAGCCCAGCCAGGAGUUUGUCUAUUCGCCAGCACAGGAGACCCUGAAAGGAGGCCAGGAGCGCUCCAGAGUCAGCCGCUGCCAAGUCUGCAGCAAGCUCUUGUAGUAGGAGGAGGAGCGGGAGCGAUGGAGGUGAUAUAUAAACACCUCAAAGAAAGAAAGAAAAAGAGGCGUUGAUGAUGGCGGAUGAGAUGAUUUAUAAAGAAAUCUAUAAAAGAACACAUGACUGACUGAAAAGAAGCUUCUCUCCUGCUUCUCUGGUGGUUUCAGAAGCGAGUCGAACAACAUCUGCUCAGUUUUCAGAGUGUUUGAUCCCUUUUAGGAACGAAUGGCUUAUUAAAAAUGAAAAAAAGAAGCGUUGGAGGGAGGAAAUGCAAAGAGAAGGGCUCCAAUGUGAUGGCUCUUCUCUAGAUUAUCACUGACAAUGGUGCUAUUGUUUAUGUUCUUCGUGUUUUAUUUUGUGUCUGUUUUUCUCGUUCACGCUUCUGGUGAGAAUCAUUCUCGGCUACCUCGGAGAGCGCCACCCCUUUGGAAAGCACUGCACCGCGUACACAUCAGGGCCGGACGUCUGCUUCAGAUAAGUCAGUUCAGUCGAGUCAAAGUUGGUCUUAACUUUUGUGAACUGAUGUAACUGAAGUAGAAUCCCCUGAUUCUGGUUCAAACACUCAUUUUACGCCAUUACAUUUUGCUUCUUUGGUAUUUUCUGCUUUGACUGCAGUGAUUUAAUCAAAUCUCCGAUAUUGCAGCUUCCACGUAAGCGUUUUCAGAACUAGACAAGGUUAAUUUUAACGUUUUUUAAUAUUUCAAGCAAGUUACAAUUCUCUACAAGUCGGUUGUCAUACAGAAACUAUUUUAAACCAGUGGAGACCUGGAAGUUAGGAAAUCUAAACGUGUAAAAUAUGACUUCUUGACCCUGGAAAUAAUAGUUGGUCAAAAUGAUGGAUUUUUAUGAUGGAUUUUAAAAGCAAAGCUGCUCGUGAAGCGAGUGAGUAAAGAGCAUUCGGACAAACUUCAGGAGCUUUGGAAAAUGCUCAGCGACAUUAUAAUCUAUUCAUAAUUUGCUGUUAUUGUGCAAAUACGUGCGAAAUAACCAGCACAGUCCUUUAAUUUGACAUUCUUCCUGUUUCCUACACCUAUGAUUUCUGUACAUUUCAUACUAUGACUCUAUGGUGCUACAAUACCCUGACAGUUGACUUGAAAGGCAACUUUUAAAAUAUUAAACUGCAUGCAAUAAUAAAGGAAUAAGUAGCUCUUUUUCUCUAAAAUGCUCAAACAGAACCUCCGCAGCAGCUGACUGUAGUAAUGAAUGACCCCAUUCAUAUAUAUUGCACUGAUGUGAACUCACAUGGGUCAGAACAACAAGUCAAAUCCACCUUCAUAUGCUUUCAUCUUUACGUUGUGACCAAACUAGUGUUUUUUUUUACAUCACCCUUCACUCACACUAAAUGUGCAACAGGAAACCAAACACUCUGAUAGAUUGUUUAUUAUUGCUGUACAUAGUGCUUACUGUAUUUCCCACCAAAGUAUGUUGGAACAAAAGUCUAUAAAGUUAUUAGGUCUUUGUUUUUUUUUUGUUUUUUUUCCAGUCGAUGUGUCUUUGCUCUGUCCUUGGAUAAGAAAGAGGAUGAAAUUGCUUGUUUUCUGUCGAUAAAUGUAGAUUUUGCAGCCAUGUUUAUGACAGAAUUGACUCUUUUUUACAUUGGCUUUGGUGUGCGAUGUAAUUAAAGGUCUCCUCUGGUAACAUUAUCCUUGGACAUUGAAAGCUACUGGGUGACUUGUAACCACUAUGACCACUGUGUCUAGCACAUAGCUCUGUCUCUCUGCUGGUAGCCCUGAUUUUAUUACUAUGUCACAUUUUACUUCUUCUUUUUUUAUUUUUCUCUUUUUUUUUGUCAGCCUUUGUGGUUUUGUAAUCUAAAUUGUAAUUAUUUUACUUAAAUCAUGAUACUAUCCCCUGGUUUUAUUUACUGAGAUGGGAGGGAAUGGGAAGAUGUGUACAUUAAAUAUUAUGAAUAAAAAACAAAUGCCUUUAGGAUUAUGUUUUUAUAUGGAAAAUAUAUUCGCCACUGAUGAUUUAACAGACGCAACAACCGUUUUUACUGUCUGUUUGGUCUUUACCCCAUUUAAAAAACAAAAACAAGAGCGAACUGUAAGUGCCUGGAGACAGAAAAGAAAUGCAGUUUUCCUCAAAGAGGAUCCAUAACAAUAAAGUGGUAAUAACCUGUCUGUUACUGUAAUGUGUAUUUCUGUGCUCACACACUUUGAAAUAAAGUCUCCAAACUAACUGAGAAUAUUUAAUGCAGAAUGAUUAUUCAUAAAGCAAUGAGGUAUUUCAGUAUUUCCACGGGUGCAGCAGGUGUUGUCUUAAUGUAAGAGAAUAUUACAUGUGUUUUGUUGUGCUUAAAUCAAUGUAAAGAUAAUGAGAUGGAUGUGUGCUUGGCAAAAUCAAAUUAUACCAAAUUAAAAACAUUUACACCGUG